AUGUUAUCGUCAGAAACUAGGUCACCGUUGUCAUUACUGUUUCGAAGACGGUCGGGUGGAGAUGUCACAAAGAAUUUAGCCUCAGUUUCAAGCAGCCUUUUACCAGCUUUUGGAAUUGAUGUUGAUGAUGGUUACUUGCACCUGAAGAAAUAUGUUAUUGCUCCUUAUGAUAGAAGAUACCGGUGGUGGCAAACGUUCCUUGUGGUGUUGGUGGUGUACUCAGCAUGGGCAUCUCCUUUUGAGCUUGCAUUUAAGAAAGCGGCUACCGGAGGAUUUCUGCCCGUCGAUUUGGUGGUUGAUGCCUUCUUUGCCGCCGAUAUAGUCCUAACUUUCUUUGUUGCUUAUUUGGACAAUACAACCUAUCUUCUUGUGGAUGAUCACAAGAAAAUUGCUCUACGGUAUAUCACUAGGUUAUUGUUCCCCAUGGACGUAGCCUCGACCCUGCCAUUCCACAUCAUACACAGAAUCUUGACUGGCAAAAUGCACGGAGAGGUCUUCGGUUUUCUCAAUCUUCUUCGGCUUUGGCGACUCAAGCGUGUCGGUGAACUCUUCAAAAGGCUGGAGAAAGACACACGCUUCAGCUACUUCUGGACAAGAUUAUUUAAACUAAUCAGUGUUACACUAUUUGUGGUUCACUCGGCAGGAUGUAUCUACUACUGGAUUGCUGUCCAUCAUGACACAGAAGGUAAUACUUGGAUUGGAAAGCACGUUGAAGAUUUCGAACAAAGAAGCAUCUGGUUGGGCUACACGUAUUCCAUUUAUUGGUCCAUUGUUACCCUAACCACUGUCGGCUACGGAGACUUGCAUGCAGAAAACACGGGAGAGAAGGUUUUUAACAUGUUUUACAUGCUAUUCAACAUUGGCCUCACCGCUUAUAUAAUCGGAAACAUGACGAACCUUGUUGUCCGUUCCGCAGCUCAUACUUUUGCUAUGAGGAAUGCCAUCGAUCAGAUAUUAAGAUAUGCAAGCAAGAAUAGACUCCCAGAAGGAUUGAGAAAGCAAAUGCUAGCACACUUGCAACUCAAGUUCAAGACAGCAGAGUUGCAGCAAGAGGAGGUGUUGGAGAACUUACCAAAAGCAAUCAGAUCUAGCAUUGCUCAACAUCUUUUCCAUAGCAUCGUUGCAAAAACCUACCUUUUCAAAGGAGUAUCUGAAGACCUUAUUACCCAGUUGGUAUCAGAAAUGAAAGCAGAAUAUUUUCCUCCUAAGGUUGAAAUUAUUUUACAAAACGAGAUUCCGACAGAGUUUUACGUCUUAGUAACUGGAGCAGUGGACGUGCUGGUGUACAGGAAUGGAACAGAGCAGGUUUUGUCAAAACUAGUAUCUUCAGACAUGGCAGGGGAAAUUGGGGUUGUAUUCAACAUCCCACAGCCUUUUACAGUGAGGACCAGGAGACUUUCCCAGGUCAUCCGGCUCAGUCAUCAUCAUCUCAAGCAAAUGGCGCAGCCCCAUAGCGAAGAUGGAAAAAAAAUUAUCUCCAACUUCAUCCAGUACCUAAAGGAUUUGAAACGAGAGAUGCAAGAAGAAAUACCCUUUCUCAGGGAAUUGCUGGAAGACACAGCUGUGGAGAAAGCAACAUCAAAUGAGGGGUUACGAAGUUCUGAGGCACUAAAUUCUCAAAGAGAAACAAGUGUAGAAGGUAAAAAACUAGUAGUACUCAUACUCAAUAGGGUGGCCAGACUGGGUAAAGGGCAGCAAAUAAAGAUUGGUGUACCUACAUCUCAUUAGUGUUUUUUUUUUUGGUGGAUGGUGAGGUGGGGUUUGUUCACUUUAAUUGAUGAAACAUUUAAGAUUUAUUUUAAUUAUUUGAAAGAUCCAUCCCAUAAUUUUUUCAGGAAUACAAGAAAAUUCUACUCCACUGCCAAGCACAUUUCCCAAAAGAGUGAUAAUCCAUGGGCAUCAUCCAAACGAAACAACAGGAGAUACAAUGGGGAAACUCAUACAUUUGCCUGACUCAACAGAAAAUCUAUUCGACAUGGCAGGUAUAUAGUGUAUUGAAAUGCAUAUCUAUCCUCGGAUGCUGGUAUCAGUUUUAACAAUCAAUACCAAGACACAAGGAGCCAAAACUAAAUAAGAAACACAAAUGCAGUUCUCCAAACACUAAUUGGAAUAAAUUUGA